CCCUUACACAGUUACACUUGCAGAACAAAAAGUUGGGUUGGGAAUAAACGAAAUUGAGCGCAAUGACGAGUAGUUGGAAAAGAACACUAGGUGAUGUGAGGUCGUUUAUAGGGAAUUCGCUGGGAGGUCUAAGAGGUACAUCCAAUUUAGCUUCCUGGGUGGUUGCUGGAACCCUAGCUUAUUUUCUCUGGGUUAAGCCCUCUCAAGAACUCAAGCGACAACAACAGGAGAGAGCAGCACUUGCGGCUCUUGACCCUAACCGGUACGUGGAGAAAAGAAAGCCCAUUCCAGAUUCGCAGACAACUGGGUUAAUAUAUGGCGGCAAGAACAAAGCUAAUCGAUCAGAUGAAUAGCUCAAAUUUCCGAGUACGAUUUGUCGAGCUAAGGUGAAUUCACCUUGACGUGGCAGUAUUGACUUAUAUGUAGGGUGAAUUGUUAGUGACUUAAUCAAUAUAAAAGGAGGGAUGGAUUCAAUCUGCGGUGAGCUUGAACAAGGGUUUGAAUCCAAAAGAACCCAUUUGAGAUCGAUGAACUGAGGUUUGAACUCAGUGAAUUCAGUUUGAGUUCAAAUUUGAGCUCAAACAACUCGGAUUGAAUCCAACCCUAUAUAAAAGUAGAAAAUCUCAGAAUAUUGUCUCAUCUCAGUAAUUUAUUACAUUUUAGGAGAGUCAAAUGGGAAAUAAGAGCUUACUUCUGAAUUGUUGUACAUGCUGUACGGUUUGUUUUCUUUUGUUGUGGUGGAUAUAGACAUGAACUUGUGGUGUUUCGUUGUGGUAAUUGCCAUGUAACGAAAAAAUCAAGUGCUGAGCUGAUUAGCAUGUCA